GGGGUCUCGCCUGGCCGCGGCUGCUGCUGCCCGGAGCGCGGAGGCGGCGGGAGGGAGCCAUGCUGCGAUGCCUGCUCCAGCGCGCCUGCAGCCUGCCCGGCGGCGAGAGGGGCGACAAGGCCAGCGACCCCCUGGCCAGCCUCACCUUCCGAGGGGUGAAGAAGAGAACCAAAGUGAUUAAGAACAACGUCAACCCCGUGUGGAACGAGGGCUUUGAAUGGGACCUGAAAGGCAUCCCCUUAGACCAGACUGCUGAGCUGUACGUGGUGGUCAAAGACCAUGAGACCAUGGGAAGAAACAGGUUUUUGGGCGAAGCCCACGUGCCCCUUCGAGGCGCCCUGGUUUCUCCACACCUGGCUGCCAGCUUCAGCGUGCCUUUGCUGGAUGCCAAGCGGCAGAGCACAGGGGCCACCCUGAUCCUGCAAGUCUCCUACGUGCCUCCUCCGGGGACAGCUCCUUCCUUUGCUCCUCCUGCCCCUCUUGAGCCAAACCCAACUCCUGUGGAGCUGGACACUGUCACAGACACGGCUGGGGAGGAAGAGGGGGAAAGUCACCUGGGAACGAGAGAUGAAGAGGAGCCGUCUGCGGGGCCGGCAGCCCCAGAUCAGCCCCCCCUCCCCAAGAAGCCUCCGUUGCACCCGGUUCAUGGGACCAAGAGGAGAAGAAGCACUUCCCAAAAGCUGCUGUCCAACAAACCUCAGGACUUCCAGAUCAGGGUGCGAAUCAUUGAAGGGCGGCAGCUUCCUGGAGUCAACUUGAAGCCUGUCGUGAAAGUCACGGCUGCAGGACAAACCAAGAGAACCAGGAUCCGGAAAGGGAGUGGCCCCCUCUUUGAUGAGACCUUUUUCUUCAAUGUCUUUGAGUCUCCCAUGGAGCUGUUCGAUGAGCCCAUUUUCAUCACGGUUUUUGAUUCCCGUUCUCUUCGAACGGACUCUGUCAUUGGAGAAUUCCGGAUGGACGUUGGGACAAUUUAUGCCGAACCCAGGCACGCCUUCUUGCGAAAGUGGCUGCUGCUUUCGGACCCGGAGGAUUUUUCGGCAGGCGCGAAAGGCUACUUGAAGGUCAGCCUGUGUGUCCUGGGGACUGGCGAUGAAGCGCCUAUGGAUAAAAAGGAAGGUGUCGAAGAGAAGGAAGACAUUGAGGGCAACAUUCUCCGGCCGACAGGAGUGUGCCUCAGAGGGGCCCACUUCUCCCUCAGAAUCUACAGAGCCGAAGACCUGCCCCAGAUGGAUGAUGCCAUCCUAGACAGUGUCAAGCAGAUCUUUGGAUUUGAGAGCAGCAAGAAGAAUUUAGUAGAUCCAUUUGUGGAAGUUUCCUUUGCUGGCAAAACGCUCUGCAGCAAAGUCCUGGAGAAGACUGCCAACCCUCAGUGGAAUCAAACCAUCACUGUACCAGCCAUGUUCCCCUCCAUGUGUGAGAAGAUGAGGAUCCGGGUGGUUGACUGGGACCGCGUCACUCACAACGAUAUCGUGGGCACCAGCUCUCUGUGCAUGUCUCGGAUCUCGGCCCCAGGAGGGGAGCUGGAAGGUAUUGCUGCCAUCAGGUCUGGCCUCUCAAACACUGAGAGUAUACCUCUCUCUGUUGGCUGGAAUUCCCACCUGAAAUACCAUAAAGCGGAUUCUUUUAAGCGCUUGCGUUGGAGGCGCCGGAUGGAGCCCCUGGAGCAGACAGGAGCAGCCGCUGUCUUUGCGCUGGAAGGUGCCCUGGGUGGAGUGACGGAGGACAAGAAUGACGACGGCAAAUCAGUGUCCACGCUCAACUUUGGUGUGAAUCGGCCAACCAUUUCCUGCAUAUUUGACUACGGGAGCCGCUACCAUCUGCGCUGCUACAUUUAUCAAGCGCGGGAUCUGAUCGCUAUGGACAAAGACAGCUUUUCAGAUCCCUACGCCAUCGUCUCCUUCCUUCACCAAAGCCAGAAGACCGUAGUGGCUAAAAACACACUGAACCCCACCUGGGACCAGACACUCAUCUUCUAUGAGAUCGAGAUCUUCGGAGAUCCCGAGAGCGUGGCCGGCUCCCCUCCCUGUGUUGUAGUGGAGAUCUAUGACCAUGACACCUACGGUGCUGACGAAUUCAUGGGUCGCUGCAUCUGCAAGCCGAGCAUGGACCGCACACCAAGGCUGUCCUGGUAUUCCAUCAUCAUGGGCAGCCAGAAAGCAGGGGAGCUGCUGGCAGCAUUUGAGCUCAUUCAGAGGGAGAAGCCGGCCAUCCACCACAUCCCUGGCUUUGAGACCGAGAUGCCGACUAUUUUGGAUGAGUCUGCAGAUUUGGAUCUGCCGUAUCCACCACCGCAGAGAGAAGCCAACAUCUACAUGGUCCCUCAAGGAAUCAAACCUGUCCUUCAACGUACAGCCAUUGAGAUCUUGGCCUGGGGGCUGCGGAACGUGAAGAGCUACCAGCUGUCCAGUGUCUCUUCCCCCAGUCUCCUGGUGGAGUGUGGGGGGCAGGUGGUCCAGUCCUGCGUCAUCAGGAACCCGAAGAAAAACCCCAACUUUGAUGUCUCCGUUCUCUUCAUGGAAGUGCGCUUGCCCAGGGAAGAUCUGUACUGCCCGCCCAUUGUCAUCAAAGUCAUCGACAACAGGCCCUUUGGGCGCAAGCCCGUGGUGGGGCAGUGCACCAUCCCCUCCUUGGAGGCUUUCUGCUGUGAUCCCUACACCGAGGAGGCGGAAAUUGCUGCAAUACAGCAAGAUGACGUGAGCAUCACUCCUAGAGAUGACGUGCUGAUUGAGAUCGAUGACAAAGAACCUCUCAUUCCUAUCCAGGAAGAAGAACUCAUUGACUGGUGGAGCAAGUUCUACGCUUCCACAGGCGAGAGAGAGAAAUGUGGCGCCUACCUAGAGAAGGGCUUUGACACUCUGAAGGUCUUUGAAAUGGAAUUGGAGAACGUAGAGGACUAUGGGGGCCUCUCAGAUUUCUGCCACACCUUUAAGCUGUACCGCGGCAAGACACAGGAUGCCAGUGAAGACCCCACGGUGGUUGGGGAAUUCAAGGGCUCCUUCAAGAUCUACCCUCUGCCAGAUGAUCCCACGGUGCCCCUUCCCCCUCGCCAGUUCCAUCAGCUUCCAGCCAGAGGCCCUCAGGAAUGCCUCGUCAGGGUUUAUAUUAUUCGGGCCUUUGAUCUCCAGCCGAAAGACCCAAAUGGAAAGUGUGAUCCAUAUGUGAAGAUUUCCAUGGGGAAGAAAUCCAUCAAUGAUCAGGAGCAUUAUGUCCCAUGCACUCUGGAUCCUGUCUUUGGAAAGAUGUUUGAGCUGACUUGCACUUUGCCUCUGGAGAAGGAUCUGAAGGUCUCCCUCUAUGACUAUGACCUCUUGUCCAAGGAUGAGAAGAUCGGGCAGACCACCAUCGACCUGGAGAAUCGGUUCCUGUCCAGAUUUGGGGCUCGCUGUGGUCUGCCCCAAACUUACUGCAGCUCCGGUCCCAACCAGUGGAGGGACCAACUGCGGCCUACCCAGCUGCUCCACCUCUUUGCCUUGCGUCACAACUGCAAAGCGCCCGUCUACAAGCCGGACCGGAUCAUCUUCAGGGAUCAAGCCUACAGCCUCUCCAGCUUGGAGGAUGGCAAACCCCCAAACCCGCACCUGGGGCCUGUGGAAGAGAGGCUGGCUUUGUAUGCCCUGAAGAAGCAAGGCCUGGUGCCCGAGCACGUGGAGACCAGGCGGCUGUACAGCCCCCUGCAGCCAGACAUUGAACAGGGAAAACUUCAGAUGUGGGUGGACCUUUUCCCCAAAUCCCUCGGUGCUCCUGGCCCACCGUUCAACGUGACCCCACGGAAAGCCAAGAGGUUCUACCUGCGCUGCAUCAUCUGGAAUGCCAAAGACGUCCUCCUGGAUGACCUCAGCAUCACGGGCGAGAAGAUGAGCGACAUCUACGUGAAAGGGUGGCUGGUUGGCUAUGAGGAGAACAAGCAGAAGACAGACGUCCAUUACAGGUCAAUGGGGGGCGAAGGGAACUUCAACUGGAGGUUCGUGUUCCCCUUUGACUACCUACCAGCCGAACAGGUCUGCUACGUGGCUAAGAAGGAGCAUUUCUGGAGUUUGGACAAGACCGAGAACAAAGUGGCCCCCCGGCUGGUCCUCCAGGUGUGGGACAACGAUAAAUUUUCUUUUGAUGACUACCUGGGCUCUAUCCAGCUGGAUCUGAACCGCAUGCUGAAACCAGCCAAGACAGCCGAGAAAUGCUCCUUAGACAUGCUGGAGGACCCGGCGAGACUUGUCUCUCUCUUUGAGCAGAAGACUGUGAAGGGCUGGUGGCCCUGUGUGGCAGAAGAGCAGGAGAAAAGGAUCAUUGCGGGAAAGCUGGAAAUGACCCUGGAGAUUGUCAACGAGCAGGAAGACGAGGAGAGGCCGGCAGGGCUGGGUCGGGAUGAACCGAAUAUGAACCCUAAGCUGGAAGACCCCAAGCGCCCAGAGACCUCUUUCCUGUGGUUCACCUCUCCAUACAAGACUCUGAAAUACAUCCUGUGGAGAAGGUUCAAGUGGGUCUUCCUCAUCGUCCUGAUCCUCUUCAUUCUUCUGCUGUUCCUAGGGAUCUUCAUCUACGCCUUCCCGAACUAUGCGGCUAUGAAACUCGUGAAGCCCUUCAGCUGAGCCACCAGCAACCCGAGCCAUAGAUGGCACGAGAAGAGCCUGGCCCACCUGUCGUCCCACCUGUCAGUGCCUUCCCACGGGUGUGACCCAGCCUCCCGUUACAGUGGUGCAACAUGGGAAGUGAUGGCUGUGCCUCCUCGCAGGGGGUUGGCCCUCCUCUGCCCUCCAUGCCCUGAAAAACACUGCUCAGGGAACCUGGCUGAAUUGGCAAACCACACCUGGAUUUCCCUUUCCACCCUCCUUUCUCUGCUCAUUCCUGGCUGCUGGCUUGCCAUCCGGGGUCUCACAAAGGGUCAAGCGGGCCUGGCUGAAGGAAAACAUCUGAAGCUGACCUCUGCACACCAUUCCUUCUUCCAACCUCUGCAGGGGGCUCUUGUCCUGUCCACAGAAGAAGAAGAGUUUGGAUUUAUAUCCCCCCUUUCUCUCCUGUAGGAGACUCAAAGGGGCUGACAAUCUCCUCUCCCUUUCCCCCAACC